AAGAAAAAAAAAAGUGGUACAAGUUUUAUGCAUCUUUUCUCUCUUGUUUAAAUGACAACAAUGGUUUCCUUAGAGCCAACAUUAUCCACGCAUACUUUAUUAAACAACGGACAACAUGAAUUAUCCGACUUACAAAGAUCCAUCAUCGAUUCAUUUGCACAAGUUUGUUCAGUUGAACAAAUGGAAAUUUGUCAACGAUUAGGCUUAUUAUCUAAAUCAGAGCAACAACAAACUUACAAGAUGGCUAAAUCAUUAAUCGAACACGGACAUAUGCCACAAGAUUGGAACGCCUUAACUGAAUGGGUCAUCAUGCUGAGAGAAAGAUACACUGCACAAUUAGAAUUACAAAAUAUCCGACAAAUCACCAACGAUGGAGAGCGCUUAAGCCAUCUUGACAAGGUUCAAUAUUUAAGCGGAUUAUUAGAGGAAUACGGUCAAGCCCAUGACGAUUUAACUGAUUUAUUACAAGCACUUAAAAAAUUACGUAACGAUUGGAAGCAUCGAAAGCGAGAUGUAGAAAAUAUCGUUCUCUCCAUUUUAUCGUCGUGUUCCAAGAAUACCGAAUACCGCGUCGUCAAGGUGAACCGAACUCAUUUAGCUACCUUGGGUCUUGGACUUGGUUCGAUUGGAAAAUACUACAUCAUUUACGAAAAUUCAAUGACGGACGAAUCCAAAAAAGAUAUAUUAAAUAAUCUGGCCAAGGAUUUUAGUAUGGUGUUUGGAGAAAAUGCCGCUCAAAAUUUAGCAAGAAUGGCUGGCAGUUAUCAACGCAUUUUCAAUCAAGAAGAACAUGUCGAUCUGACGGGUGAAAUUCAAAAAUUGUCUCAGCAAAUACAUACAAAUCGACCUCAUUCAGUGAUAUUACCUUAUCCUCCUAGUUUACCCAUGUCUUCUACCGUGCUGGACACCGAAGAAGGUCAUGCUGAAAGUAGUAGUCAUUCACCCACAAAUAAACGAGAAUCUACCUUUCUGGAAAGAAGAAAAUCCGUCAUUUUGUUGGACAAUGAGCAAGAUGAAUCCACUCUCUUUCAUAUGGCCAAGCCCUUAUUUGAACCUGCUGGCUGGGAUUGGGCAAACAUUCUCAAAUACAAGCGACCCAGAUCCAGAAGUAGCGGGUCCUACUACUGGUGCAGACAAAUGCUUUCUACACAUCCAUCCGGUAACAACGAAAAGGCAAGAGAGCAACAAUUUGAUGGUGUCUGGUCCACUUCGAUUUCAAGAUUGUCAGAGCAUUUUGCCAAGGUUGGACAAGAAUAUUACUCCAACAUGCUGAAUAAUGCUAGACUGAUGCAUUCUCACAGAGCACAAAUGUUUGAAUUCGCUACUCAUUCUUUAUUAAAAACUUAUCGUGCGUUACAAUUAGAACAAGGCUGUGCCAAUCUAAGUCGUACUUUAGCCUUCUUGUACAGACUCGAGCAAGAGUCACAAGGAAUUUAAUCAUCUCUUUCGUUUUUUUUUUAAUUUACUAUUUUCAUCCCUUAUAUAUUUCUCCCUCUACUGUAAAUAAUAAAUCCUAUAUUUUUUUUUUUUUUUUUCUGUUUAAAAACAUAUUUAUAAAAAGGGAGGCAUUUCAUUU